AUGACGAUGAUAUCGGAACUUCCAGAGGAUUUGUUAGAAGAGAUACUCUUUCGUGUUCCGGCAAGAUGUGUGAAACGUUUAGGAUCUACUUGCGAACGGUGGAACCGUUUAUUCAAAGAUAAGAGAUUCACAACAAAGCACUUCCAUAAAGCCCCAAAGCAGUUUCUGAAUCUCAUGUUGAUUGAAUGUAGGCUAUCUUUGAUGCACAACAAUCUCCAUCGAUUUUUACCUGUAAAGGUCACAAGUGAACUUAACGUAAUUGACCCUCAUUCUGGUUUUGAUCAAAUCUGGAUUUGCCGAGUGUUUCAAUGCGACGGCUUAUUGUUAUGCCUUACUUAUGAGACAAAGCCUAGGCUCGUGGUAUGGAACCCGUGUACUGGUCAAACAAGGUUGAUCAAUUGUAAUAAGGAAUACGCCACAUAUGCUCUCGGAUCCUACCAAGACAAAACGUCCAACGAUAUUAGCUACAAAAUAUUGAGCUGCAAUGUUUAUGCCAAAAAACAAGAAUUCGAAAUCUAUGAGACUGAGUCUAAUUCAUGGAGGAUUCUUGGGGUCACUUUGGAUUUUAAAUUAGAUUAUUUUCAUUGGGGCGUGUCUUUGAAGGGAAAGAAUUACUGCAUUGCUUUAGAUGAAAAAGAGCGCGACAAAUUAAUAAGUUUUGAUUAUACAACAGAAAUAUUUGAGCGUCUAUGUCUUCCGCGUCAGUAUCAAACUGAUAUAAUCCGUGUUAUUAAUGCAACGUUACAUCAAAGACAGAUAUGGGUGACAAAUAAGUUUACUGAGACCAAAGCGGUGUCGUGGAGCAAGGUCUUAGCCGUGGAUUUAGACUCUUGUUUCAAGCUUUUCUAG